AUGGGGAACGGCAGCGCCGGGGCCGCCCCGUGCAACGGCACCUCUCCGCCGCCUCCUCCUCCUCCUCCUCCGGCCGGCCACAACAUCGCCGCCCUGGUGCUGGGCAUCGUUCUCAUCCUGCUGAUCGUCGGGGGCAACGGGCUGGUGUGCCUCAGUGUGUGCACGGAGCGGGCGCUCAAGACCACCACCAACUAUUUCAUUGUCAGCCUCGCCGUCGCCGACCUGCUGCUCGCCCUCCUCGUCCUGCCCCUCUACGUCUACUCCGAGUUUCAGGGUGGCGUGUGGUCCCUCAGCACUGUGCUCUGCGAUGCCCUGAUGACCAUGGAUGUGAUGCUGUGCACAGCUUCCAUCUUCAACCUCUGUGCUAUCAGUGUGGAUCGGUUUAUUGCUGUUUCAGUCCCGCUGAACUACAACCGGCGACAGGUCGACCUGCGGCAGCUGAUCCUCAUCUCCACCACGUGGAUAUUCGCCUUUGCUGUGGCAUCCCCAGUCAUAUUUGGCCUCAACAAUGUCCCGAACCGGGACCCCAGCUUGUGCCAGCUGGAGGAUGACAACUACAUUGUGUACUCCUCCAUCUGCUCCUUCUUCAUCCCUUGCCCUGUCAUGCUGGUGCUCUACUGCGCCAUGUUCCAAGGACUCAGGCGCUGGGAAGAAGCCAGGAAGGCCAAGCUAAGGGGUGGCAUCUACGGGGGCAACAGAAUGCUCUAUCACCCCUCACCCUUCAUUGAGAGAGAGCGGGUUGGCACGGAGCCGGACGAGUACCACCGUUAUAUGCACCCUGAGCACCCCCUUUCUGGGGACUAUGUGAUGAGCAAUGGGCUCCAGACUGUCUCCUACCCACACCUCAAGUACCCACACCCGGCGCACAGUCAGAAGCGGGCCAAGAUCAACGGCCGGGAACGGAAGGCCAUGAGGGUACUGCCUGUGGUUGUUGGUGCUUUCCUCUUCUGCUGGACACCUUUUUUUGUGGUCCACAUUACGAGGGCUCUCUGCAAGUCCUGCACCAUUCCCACUCAAGUCACCAGCAUCGUCACCUGGCUGGGUUACGUCAACAGCGCUGUCAACCCCAUCAUUUACACCGUUUUCAACGCCGAGUUCAGGAACUUCUUCCGCAAAGUCUUGCACCUUUUCUGCUGAGCUCACGGAACUGGAGGGAACAACCAGGAUAACUUUGUAUAGUUCAUUAAAGAUCUAUUUCUGCC